CUUUUACAAACUGAAUUAUGGGAACAUUGCCCAUUAAACGCAACUGAGAUAAUGCAUGUCUUAAUAACCCUGCAUUUUUUAAUAAUAUCUCCUCUGCUUUUUCUUGGUGAAUAUUUGCUGAAGUCCAGUAAACUUUCAAAAUUUUAUAAUCUGUACUAAUUUUUACUUUAUUGAUUUCUACUCCUAAACCAAGUAAUUGGGAAGAAUAUACUUCAGUAGACAUUAAGUCAGUAAUGUUUCUCAUAAAUAAUUUGUUUAAAACUGCUACUCGUCUGGGAUUUGUAGAAAUAUGUCCUGUUGAAGGUUUGGAAAAUGCGUCUGUAAUAUUUGGGGCUGCUUCCUUAAAAUAUGGUUUUCUAAAAAAAUAUAUAUUAAUUCCUCUUAAAAACGGAUGUAUGGUACCAAAACCAGUACUUUUUUUUUAUAGCUCCCAUAACUUUUUUCAUAAAGUUUCCUGCUUGUCGAGGAGCGGCUUGAUAACAGCAUGAUGAAUGAAAAUUGGAGUUAAAAUGUAAAGAUAAAGACUUUAAAAAAAGAAAAUUUCUGCUCAUUUUACUUUUAAAUUUUCUUAAUACAUAACAGUGUUUAGGAUUAUGGAUUAACCUAACCUAACCUUAUUUAUUAAUGUCAAAAAAUUUGUUUGUAUUUAUAGGUUAUAUUUUUAUUUAAAAAAUCUAAAUUAGACUAUGGAAGGAAAUUGUUCGUUCGAUUUAAGGAAUAUUAUAUUAAAUAAACAAGAACCUAUCAUAAUAAAGAAUGUUUUAAAAUGGAAAAUACUACAAUGGACCUUAGGUGAUUGGAAAUCAGCACUUCAAAAUGAAAAAUUAGAAUUUCGCAGAGGUUUUAAUACUUCAUCAAAGGAGCCUCAAUGGGAACGAAAAACAAAAUUGUUAAAAGGCGAUUUUGAAUAUUUUCUAAAUCUUGCUCAAAAUAACACAACAGAAUGGCUAUAUUUUGAUUAUAAACAGUUAAAUAUCUGGUUUAAGGAUAAUCAAAAUAUUAGGCAAGAACUUGAAUGGGGUCCACUUGGUUUUCCAGAUAUUAAACCAGAAGACUGUACAAUAUGGAUAGGUUCAAAAGGUGCUCACACUUCAUGUCAUAUGGAUUGCUAUGGAUUUAAUCUAGUAUAUCAAAUUUAUGGGUCAAAAAGCUGGCUACUGUUUCCCCCAGAAGAAAAUCUGAAACCAACUAGAAUACCUUAUGAGGAAUCAAGUAUAUAUUCAAAGUUGAAUUUUUUCAGUCCUAAUAUUAAUGAUUUUAUAGGUUUAAGUAAUAAAUGUAGGAAAAUAAUAGUAAAUCCAGGAGAUGUGCUAUUUGUACCACAUAAGUGGUGGCAUUAUGUUGAAAACUUGGAGACCAGUAUUUCUAUCAAUGUUUGGUUACCUAAGGCCGAAGAUGAUAAAGAACGAGUAAAAGAGUCAAUUGUUCAGUAUUUUGUAAAACAAAUAACAGAAACAGCAAAUAGAGAUGAAAAUAAUAGAAUUUUAAAUCCCAACAUGGAUGAAGUUAUUUUAGGAUACAACAAGAGUUCGUUUAUGGAGACAAUUAAUAAGUGUAAAAAAAUUUAUCAAGACAAGUUAUCAAAUAAAAAACCUUGUAAUGAAUGUCAAGCAACUAAUAGUAAAACAGAGCUAACCACCACAAUCGACGUUCAAGAUGUAGUGCACACUAUCCCUGUUUUGACAAAAGAUGAAUUUUUGGAAUUUCUUUAUCAACAAGCCAAUCGAUUUCAUGAUGUUGAACGCUCUGAUACCUAUACGAGUAAUGGAAAUGACGAUACAAAUGAGUUUCUUGAAGCCAUCACACAUCCAGAAGUUGUUCAUCUCAUUGCAAAUAUUCUUUUAAAUAAAUAA